GAAAAAACGGACGGCAUCAGUAGACGACGCUACGGACGAAGCGGUGGCCAAGUCGGCAGAGCAGCACCUGCCUCGCAGCGAUGGAGGGCGGCGGGAGCAGCAGGAGAUGGCGCUUCGCGUCGCCGAACCCGGCCGUGGCGGCCGCCGGGGAGCGGAGCAUCCAGAGGCACCUCCGCGACCUGCACGGCUGCCUGGACGAGCGCGGCCCGCGGCCCGUGAUCCCGCUCAGCCACGGGGACCCCUCAUCGUCCCUCUCCUUCCGCACCGCUCCCGAGGCGGUGGAGGCCGUCGCCGCCGCCCUCCUCUCCGGUGAUUUCGACGGCUACGCGUCCCGCGACACGAAUCUCGCAGCUUGCCGAGCUGUUGCAGAGUACUUAUCGUGUGAUUUGCCUUACAAGCUUUCCCCUGAUGAUGUUCUCCUCACUUCUGGAUGUACCCAAGCUAUCGAGACUGUGAUGUCUGUUCUUGGCCAACAAGGUUUCAAUAUAUUGCUCCCAAGGCCUGGUUACCCAAAACAUGAAGCACAUGCAGUGUUUCAUAAGAUGGAAGUACGCCAUUAUGAUCUUGUUCCAGAGAGGGGUUGGGAGGUCGACCUGGAAGCUGUUGAAGCUCUUGCAGAUGAGAAUACUGUUGCAAUAGUGAUUACUAAUCCCAACAACCCUUGUGGCACUGUGUAUACUUACGAGCAUUUGUCCAAGAUUGCAGGUACAGCAAACAAGCUUGGUAUGUUAGUCAUUUCUGAUGAGGUCUAUGGGCAUCUUGUCUAUGGUAGCACUCCUUUUGUGCCAAUGGGUGUUUUUGGGGAUACUGUUCCAAUACUCACACUUGGAGCUAUAUCAAAGAGAUGGGCAGUACCUGGCUGGAGAUUUGGCUGGAUAGCAAUUUGUGACCCUAAAUGUAUUCUGAAAGAAACCAAGGUUUUUCAUUCACUGACAAGCUUCAAAAUGCUAACAACAGAUCCUGCAACAUUUGUUCAGGGAUCUAUUCCUCAUAUUAUGAAGAACACACAUGAUGAGUUCUUUAGCAAGAUUAUCAGGUUGUUAAAGGAGUGCGCAGAAAUAUGCUACAGCGAAAUAAAGGAAAUCAAGUGUAUUACCUGUCCCUGCAAAGCAGAAGGAUCAUUUUUUAUGAUGGUGAAACUAGACAUAUCACAGUUGUCAGACAUUAGUGAUGACGUCGAUUUCUGUAGAAAGUUGGCAAAGGAGGAAUCAGUCAUGGUGUUGCCUGGGACUGCCUUAGGCAUUGAGAACUGGCUGCGCAUAACCUUUGCUUCGGAUCCAGCAAAACUGAAGCAAGGACUUGAAAGGAUCAAGUCCUUUUGCCUGAGGCAUCAGUCACAUGUCAAUUAAUCCCAAGGGAGUGCCUUUGCAAUACUGAAUUAAAUUCUCCAAUGCUUGUUGGGGUUUCCAUGUUCGUACAAUGGCAUCAUGUUUCUUGAGUACAUUGAACAAACAGCAUAGAACUUCGCCUCUGUUGUGUUCGCACAAAUUUCACCUGUUCCCCGUUUAAUGCUUCAUCAUGUAUAAGUUUAUUCACACCGCAGCAUUCCCCAUGUGGCUUCGCAUGCUUUCAUCCGAACACCAGCAAAUGAAUAUGCUUGGAAAUUAGAUCUGAGCAUGUCAUAUAUGGAUC